AUGGGUGCAUCAAAAAGUAGGCCAUUGCCACCAGCUCUAAAGGAUCUCGAAGAAUUGGAUCCAAAAGAGUUUGGAAACUACAAAAUGGCUUUUAACAAUGGUGGAAUGUCAGAAUUGAAAAAGAAAGUUGAUGAAGAUAUAGACAAGUGGAAAAAUGUUCCAGUGAACAUUGCUGCCACGGGGUAUACAGGGGUUGGCAAGUCGUCAUUCAUUAACAGUUUCAGAGGACUCAGAGCGAAUUCAGACGGAGCAGCAAAAGUUGAUGUGGAUGAAGCAACUGCUGAACCUACGAAAUACAUGCAUCCAAUAAAUAAGAACAUUGCUCUUUAG